AAGCAGCCGCUCCAGCCGGAAGAAGCUCGGCGAGGAUCUGGUUGGUCUCCACUCAUCUCUUUUAAUCUUGAAGACUUCAAAAUAUACCUGGAUCUACCAUUUUUUUUGAAAACUCCAAUACCAAGCAAUCAAUGACCCACCGUGCUCUUGUUAUAAUAUAGAAGCUUUUCAGUUCUUCAAUUCUAAACAAGAUUUUCUCCCAUUUUCCCAUGAAGCCACAUUGUUGUCUAUUCACUUUAGUGGUGAGUGUUACUGUGCCAGCUGCUUUUGCUUUGGAAGAUGUAGGCUUCAACCAAAUGACCCCACUGGGAGCAAAUCAUAGUUCUUCCAAUGCAUCAUUUCUCCCAAGUUUUGAACUCUCAGCAGAUUCCCACUCAGGUGAUGAUGUCAUCAUAGCCAGAGAGGGAACUAGUGUUUCAAUCGAGUGUCUUCUCACAGUCGACCACUAUGAAGGCGUCUAUUGGUACAACUCAAAAGGACAGCAGCUGGAUAACAGAGGCAGAGGUGGAAAAUGGUUGGUUUCUGAUAACUUCCUGAAUAUCACCAACGUAGCCUUUGCUGACCGUGGGCUCUAUACAUGUUGUGUCACCUCUCCGAUCCGUACCUCCUACUCGGUCACCUUGCGUGUUAUCUUCACCUCGGGAGACAUGAGUGUCUACUACAUGGUUGUUUGCCUGAUUGCCUUUACAAUCACUCUCAUCUUGAAUGUCACACGGCUGUGCAUGAUGAGCAGCCAUCUUCGUAAAACUGAGAAAGCCAUCAAUGAAUUCUUCCGAACUGAAGGGGCAGAGAAACUGCAGAAGGCCUUUGAGAUCGCAAAACGCAUCCCCAUCAUCACCUCAGCCAAGACUCUGGAGCUCGCCAAAGUCACACAGUUUAAAACCAUGGAGUUUGCUCGUUAUAUUGAAGAACUGGCAAGAAGCGUCCCUCUGCCACCCCUUAUUCUAAACUGUCGGGCCUUUGUAGAGGAGAUGUUUGAGGCUGUGCGAGUGGAUGACCCUGAUGACAUGGGAGAAAGAAUUAAAGAGAGACCUGCCUUGAAUGCUCAAGAUGGCAUCUUUGUCAUUAACCCAGAGAUGGGCCGGAGUAAUUCACCAGGAGGAGAUUCGGAUGAUGGUUCCCUGAGUGAACAAGGCCAGGAGAUAGCAGUUCAGGUUUCUGUCCACCUUCAGUCAGAGACCAAAAGUAUUGACACAGAUUCUCAAGACAGCAGUCAUUUCAGCCAGCCUGAUGAUACAGGAUCUGCUGAAUUGAACUCUAACUACAAAGAUGGGGCAUAUGAAAGCUGCCAGCUGUGAGCUACCCCAGUACCUACAAAAAUGGCUCUCAGAAAAGGAACCUGUUUCCUGCAGGAAAUAACAUUUUUACCAAAAGAUAAGUAGGACUUUCCCCUUGCUAAUAUUAAGCACAUCAGAACAUGAAUUAUUACCAAAAUCUUUCUAAAAAUUCAGUGUUUUCCCUAUCUGAUCUUUCUCAGUCAUUUACCGUGAGCUUGAUUAGAUGACACAUGUUGAGAUUUAAAGGGGCCUGAGACAUCAGCAUAAUGGGGAAAGUACCACACCCAGAAUCACAUGGCUUCUCUUCUGGUCAUGGUUCUUCCAUUGUUAGGGCUGACACUUAUCUUUAGGCCUCAGUUUUCCCACUAACAAGAUGAGGUAUUUGCACUGUAUGAUUCCUAAAGUCAUUUCUGGCCCUCUAACUUCUUACCUACCACCUUUAAACCAAAAGAAUCUUCAUCCCAUUUCUGAAUAAACCCUUCCCUAGACUUUGAGUCCCUUUUUAUGGAAAGGACCAAGCUGAAACUUCUUUCUGUGAUUUAGAUUCCCACACCAAUGCUAGGCAUAGAGGUGUGGGUGUUUUUCGGAUGUCUUGCUGGUGGAGCAUACAGUUGUAUAUGCUAGGUUGAAUGUCUCCAGUGUAGCCCAUGUCUGUAUUGUUAUACAGAUAUCAGGGAGCUAACUGCUCAUUAGUAAGCUACUUUCCAUGAGUAAAUUGGAACUUGUGGGGGUGUAUCAUGUCUUUUUAACUUACUGAGGCAUCAUUUAGCUCGUUGAGCAGGCAGUGAUUUCCCACCUGUUCUCCAAAAGUGAACAGUUCGUUCCUAAAGAAUAAUGUCUUCAUUGUUUUUAGAAUAAGAAACAAUGUCAAAUCAUCUGUGUCUGGUAAAUUAAUGGAUUUUGACGUUUCUGUUCAUAGAAUUUCUCAGGCCUUCCCUUUUUAAAAGUACUGGACUCUAUGAGACGGUUCUGUGUUUGGGAUCCCAUUCCAGGAGAAAACCCACAGCUGAAUUCCUCUUUAGACCUCUGUCAACACUCUUGCCUUCCGUGGUCUUAAAUACGGUGCUAAAGGUUGCAUGCCUCCUUAUCUUGUUCGUCUUGUUUAUAUUUUAUUGUUGAGCUUUUUAUUUUUGUGUACUUCAGGUGUAGAAUUUUGAGCUAGGGCUGCUUUUGUGGCCUUUCCGAGAAGCACUAACCUGAAAUAAGAUUAGAUAAUGGUGUGUGGUGUGUGUUACUAUAUUAAAUAUAUAGAUACUAAUACAGAUGGAUAUAUAUACACACACAUACAGGUGAUCUAGACAUACAGAGGGAGAAAAAUUAUGAGGGAUGCCACCUGAUUCAACUGUGUAUAAUAAACACUUAGGACAGUAUUUCUUGCCUGGCUGAGAUCUGAUAUAAUGGAAUUGUACAUACUCUUCAGAAUAAUUUCUUCAGCUACAGUAAGCUUGGUGUCAUAUAAUUUUAAGAACUUGUCAGUGGAACUCCAUGUGCUUCACGUUUCUUCAUUUGGCUUCUGAUUACUGAAGCAUUACUUGAACAGAGGUUCCUGAGGGAGAUGUUCGGGGGAGGUUUUUAUCAGGAUUUUAAUUCAAGGUUUCAAAUGGAGGAAGGCAGGAAAUUUGAAGUGUGACCAGAUAGAACUCCUUUCUCCUUUGUGAAGGCUUAUCAGAAGUAAUACAUCUGCUCUGGAUAGCAUGAAUGAAUCGAUGUGCAGUUUUAUCAGAUGGUAUUACAGAUAAUGAUAAUGCUGCUUUUUCUGUCUCAGGCUGUUUCCAUGGAAACCUCCAGAGCCAAACAAAAGCUACCCGUCAUUUAGCCAAAGCUUGUCUUGGCUCAUAGACCUGUAUUUCUUUAAAGAACACUGUUUUCAUACAUUUGGGUAUGAGAGCAAGGGCUCUUGAACAUGCCCUAGAUUAUAGAACACUUUUUCCCUUCCCAGAAUGUUUCUCUUGAAAAUGUAAAAAAUUUUAAAAUCCCUUGUCUGAGGUCUGUCCCCUGAAUGCCCCUCAGAUCUUUAGAUAGCACCUUGCAACCUGUCCCAAUAUAGCAGGUUUGGGGUCAUUUUUAGAAUGUAGCUUGUCACAUUAAAGAGAAUGGAUUUACCCCACAUGUUCUCAUAACAGACAUGGGCGUUUGGGACCUUAAUGUAGACAUAUUUAAUGAUCAAAAUCCUGAGAAACAGGGCUUUGGAAAAAUACAAGAAAUAUUGGGAAAAAAAUAAGUUUGCACAAUACUAUAUAACAAUUAAGUAUAGGCUACUCCAGUGUAUCCUAGAUAAAUCACUUUAGAAUGUAAUGGUGACUUAAUUUGGUGGCCAAAGUAACUGGAUUACUUUGAGUAUUCCAGGUUAAGGUGCCACUGAUAAGGAAUUAAAGUAGGUCAAAAUUUAAGUGGAGCUGGUAUUACUUUCUAAAUCUAGUUGUUCAGAGGAAGAAAACCACACUCACUAACAUUUUCUGUAGCUAAUCAAAUACUCUUCGUAUAUAAUUAAUACUCAUGUUAUCUUUUUGUAAAAUCCUUAACCUUUUGAACUUAAACUCCAGUCUAACAGUCUUUUGACGAUAGUGGUAGUGUAAUUAUCCUUCUGUCUUGCUAGAUUUUAUGGUUAGUGAAAAUGCCUUUACUCAACAAACUGUAUUUGAAAUAGUUGUCAUCUCAUUUACAAAUUUUGUCUUGUAUUGUGAUUUAAUGAACCUUACUGUCCUUAUGAAAUGAAAUGGUGGCUUUGUGAAAUAAAUUUACCAAAAAUAGACAUGUGAACAUUUUUAGAGAUUCCUUACCAGCUGAAAUCAGACAGACAGGCAUCUUAUGAGCUGAUAAUGCAACUAGUUUAUAGGCAGUUUGAUAAGCCUGUCCUCAGAGUCACAUCUGUUCUGAUAGUUUAGUUCUUGAGUCUGGCCCAGUGAGCGUUUAUAUUUCCUACCAACUACCUUGAUAUAAAUAUCUUGGGAGUCGCUGACCUGGAAUGGUUGUGAGAAGGCUCCUGGCUUCUUCACCUCACUUACCAUGUAUUUUAAAGUCAAAAUACCCAGCUUCCCUUUUGUCCUCCAGCCACAGUGAACCCCUUGGCACAGUCCUCUCCACGCCCUGCAUGUAGUUACACCCUAAAUCAGACUUUGUAUUCUGUGUCACAGAGCAGCAUGGGAGCGUGAAUGCUCAUUUUCCAGGGCCCGGCCAGUCAUGGAUGCUAGCCUUGCCUCCGCACACUAGCUACGGUAGCACAAGUAUAUCAGAUUUCCUGAAUCACCAUUAAGAGAACACAGUCUUUUGUCACCUAGGCCAGCAAUGUUAAAAGUGCUAAGCCUUAUGCAUAAACUCCUAGGUUCUCAACACAUUUCAUAAAAGUAAGUGAGUUGUUUAAUAUGGUUCAGAUGAUGUUUAAAUGGUUACCAUAUUAAUGAAUACUUACAUUAUAAUUUUGUCCUUUUUUAAAAAAAAGUUGUACUUGAAUGUAAUGUAUUAAAUGUUCAA